AUGGCAUCGCUCCGCCUUACGGGCCAAAGAAGUCUCCCUCGAUUCAGGAGCACAGUACACUCUCUUCCGAGACGAUAUGCCUCAAGUCCGGCCUUCAACUCGUCCUCGAGCAAUCCGAUUCGAACUGGACUCUAUGCAUCAGCACUAGUUGUCUCUACGGGCCUUUUCGUAGUCUACUACUUGGAUUCACGGUCGGCCAUCCACAGAUAUUUCUUCACGCCUCUACUCCGAUACGCUUUCGAUGCCGAAACAGGACAUAAACUUGCCGUCAAAGUCCUGAGAAGCGGCCUUGGUCCUCGAGAUGUUGUCGCCGACGAUGACAGGCUCAAGUUUCAACUCUGGGGGAAAGAAAUAUCCAAUCCAGUUGGUCUGGCCGCCGGGUUUGACAAGGACGGCGAAGCUAUCGACGGCCUUCUUGGUCUUGGGUUUAGUUGGGUAGAAAUUGGCAGCGUCACACCAAAGCCUCAGCCCGGUAACCCGCGGCCGCGGGUAUUCCACUUGUCGGAAGACUCAGCACUCAUCAACCGCUAUGGCUUCCCCUCCCAGGGACAUGCGUCUGUCCUAUCUAGACUACGUGCUCGUAUCCCCGCCUUCUUAGCGCCAGAAACAGAAACGUCCGCCUCGCUCAAAAGGGGCGCAGUGCUCGCAGUGAACUUGGGCAAGAAUAAAGACUCGCCUGUUGACUCUGUUGACGACUUCGUAGCUGGCGUCCGUACGUUUGGUCCCUACUCAGAUGCCCUCGUAGUCAAUGUUUCGAGUCCAAACACGCCUGGUUUACGGGGUCUUCAGGAUCGUCAAUCGUUAGAGCAGCUGCUCUCUCGAGUUACGAAGGCCCGGGACGAAGUUGCCACAGCCAACAUUGUCUCCCAGCGUCCACGCAUCUUGCUCAAGAUUGCGCCUGAUCUAGAUGAGCUUCAGUUAACCGAAAUGGCCGAAGUCAUUCGAAACAGCGACAUCGACGGUGUCAUAGUGAGCAACACGACAAUAAAACGACCCUCCCACCUUCAUUCUGCGAAUGCAUUGGAAACGGGGGGCUUGUCCGGAGCACCCCUGAAGCCACUCACGUUGGCUGCACUUAAAACACUCCGAGCGAAUUUACCAGCAACCAUCCCCAUCAUCGGAUGCGGUGGUAUCUCCACUGGCUCCGACGCUCUCGAAUACGCGAAGGCAGGCGCCUCGCUAGUUCAAGUCUACACUGGCUUCGGUUACGAUGGCGUUGGUAGUUGCAGAAGAAUCAAGGACCAAUUAGUUGAGGAACUUGCCAAGGAGGGACAAACAUGGGAGCAGGUGGUUCAACAAGCCGUCCAGACACUGAGCCACAAGCCACCUCCACCGCCCGUUGCGUCCGACAGCACCGAGCCCAAAAGCGCGUCCGUUGGACAAUUGGUAGCCGAAGCUGAAGAACUGAAGAAGCUACUAGAUCAACUUGGAGAGAAGUUCGGUGCACAAGCAAAGAGCGAAGAGAUCAUCGGUCAAGUUGAAGUACCAGUCGCUGUUUAG